GGUGAUACCAGCAGUGCCACCCGAGAGGUACCCGUACCCCUAUCUGUGGAUGUGGAUGUAGAUGUGGAUGUGGAUGUAGGUACAUGUUCUACUGCAACAGAGGGCGCUACAAACAAGCCGGCAGCGGAGGCCCAGGGAACUGCCCAUGCACACGCGCAUGCGGCCGGUAAUACGGCAACCUCCGGAGACCACAUGCAAACUGAGCGGUGUGUUGGAUAA